GUCCCGCGGUGGGUGGCGCGGCUCGAACACCUGAGCAAACACUGAAAUGUCAGAUGGCGGGAAGUGCCACGAGGAUUGGGGACCUUCGGGGAUGAAUUCAGCCGAGCAGAGGCCUGCGACACGUUCAGAGAAAGCCAACGGCAAGAGGCCACGAUGGCGGUGCUGGGGGCAAGGGUAGGAGGCAGCGGAGCAGGGGACCUGUGAGCCCUGCAUCCAGCCAACCAUGGAGCGAGUGAGCUCAGGCCUCUAGCCCCUUAGGUGAGGACUCCACCUGGGGCUCUGUCGAACUUUCCAUCAUGGCAGUGAAGAAAAUUCUUCCAGCCAGGGGACCUGCUUGGUGAAAGUUGUGGUUCAGCUCUUCCCACGGACUGUCUUCAAGAAAGUGCCUGUACCCCUGGCCAAGGAGCUGGGGUGCCACAACCUCCACUGAUGGGGAGGUGGGCCCUCGACCUGGCCUUUAUAUGGAAGGCAGUGUUGACCCUAGGGCUCGUCCUGCUCUACUAUUGCUUCUCCAUUGGCAUCACCUUCUACAACAAGUGGCUUACGAAGAGCUUCCACUUCCCACUAUUCAUGACGAUGCUGCACCUGGCCGUGAUCUUCCUUUUCUCAGCCCUGUCCAGGGCACUGGUUCAGUGCUCCAGCCACAGGGCCCGCGUGGUGCUGAGCUGGACUGACUACCUCAGAAGAGUGGCCCCCACAGCACUGGCUACAGCACUUGACGUGGGUUUGUCCAAUUGGAGCUUCCUGUACAUAACCGUCUCACUGUACACAAUGACCAAAUCCUCAGCUGUGCUGUUCAUCUUGAUCUUCUCUCUGAUCUUCAAGCUGGAGGAGCUGCGUGCAGCACUGGUCCUGGUGGUCCUCCUCAUUGCCGGGGGCCUCUUCAUGUUCACAUACAAGUCCACGCAGUUCAAUGUGGAGGGCUUCGCCUUGGUGCUGGGGGCCUCGUUCAUUGGUGGCAUUCGCUGGACCCUCACCCAGAUGCUCCUGCAGAAGGCUGAGCUGGGUGAGCACAUGGGAGGGCUGGGCUCAGGCAGUGUGGAGGCUGUGCAGGAGCAGGCCAGGCCUGACGGUGCCUCUGUGUCCCAUGCUGCAGGCCUCCAGAACCCCAUUGACACCAUGUUCCACCUGCAGCCACUCAUGUUUCUGGGGCUCUUCCCUCUCUUUGCUGUAUUUGAAGGUCUCCAUUUGUCCACAUCUGAGAAAAUCUUCCGUUUCCAGGACACAGGGCUGCUCCUGCGGGUACUCGGGAGCCUCUUCCUUGGUGGGAUUCUUGCCUUUGGUUUGGGCUUCUCUGAGUUCCUUCUGGUCUCCAGAACCUCCAGCCUUACUCUCUCCAUCGCUGGCAUCUUUAAGGAGGUCUGCACCCUGCUGCUGGCAGCUCACCUGCUAGGUGAUCAGAUCAGCCUUCUGAACUGGCUGGGUUUUGCCCUCUGCCUCUCUGGAAUAUCCCUGCACGUUGCCCUAAAAGCCCUACGCUCCAGAGGUGAUGGUGGCCCUAAACCCCUGAAGGGCUUGGGCUCCAACCCGGACCUGGAGCUGCUGCUCCAGAGCAGCCAGCAGGAGGACCAGGACAAUGAGGAGGAAGAGUACUUUGUGGCCCAGGGGCAGCAGUGACCAGCCCCAGGACCAACUUGCAGCCAGCUCACUGCAGCUCAGGGCCUGUGUGGCUGGUCACAGCAGUUGGGAGCAGUGGCCUAGAAGUCACCUAGCAGGACCCUACAGUGGGGCUAGGACAGGGGCUUAUGGCUUCUACCUUCCCUUCAGAGGUUUUUUAAGUGCUGAGCAUCAGGCCGGCCUCCCACCUGACCAGGGCUGGGCCCGCGGUCAAGAUCCUGAGAGCGAAGGGAGUGCACAGGUUCUUCCGCUUCUGGCCUGGCUCUGAGAGCCAAGGUGGAAUUCAGAGGCAGAGUUGCCUCCAGAGGGACUGACUUUGGACUGCAGGGCAGUUGAAAUGGACAUGGAGAGGCUGGGACCUCAUCACCUGGACAGCAUCUUUCUCAGCACAUCUAUUUAUAGUUUGGAAAUAAAUGGUUUUACGGUCCACUGGCCACUCAUAUUGCCUGGAGGCUUGAGGGCAGGAAGAGCCCUGGGGGCCUGGCUUCCUGCAGCUCUCAGAAUUCUGUUUGAACCCCAGUACCCCCACCUUGG